AUGUUGCAUCUUUACAGUAGAAUUCACCAAGUCCAAAAAAAAAGAAAACAGUAGAAUUCACAUACGGUGAUAAUUCAUCUUUGAUCUUGUGCUCUUACCAUACUUGUUUCUUUAAAAUCCUUUGGUUCUUGAUGUAAUCAAGUGGUGGAAACUCGCUUACAUAAAACCCUUCAAAGUCUCUUAUGUAAUUCAUCUUCGAUCUUGUGCUUUUACCAUACUUGUUUCUUUAAGAUCCUUUGGUUCUUGACGUGAUCAAGAAGUGGUGAAAACUCGCUUGCAUAAAACCUUUCAAAUUCUCUUAUAUUUAGUUACAUGGGCCGUGGAAAAACAGAAUUGAAGUGCCUCUCAACUGAGAAAGAUCGGAAAGACAGAUUCAAGACAAGAAUGAAGGGACUAGAGAGCAAAAUGAAGAAAUUUUCUGACAAAUGCCAAGGAUCCGAAGCAUGCUUGAUAGUUUAUGAAGAAGGUAGCAACGCUGCGCCGAUGAUUUGGCCAAAAGAUUCUACAAAAGUCAGGUCCUUAAUUAAAAAGUAUGAAGCUCAAAAGAAUGUGAGGCCUCCUAAGAUCUUUGAUCUCCAAGACUUCUUUGAGCACAAGAAGACCUUGGUUGAAGCCGAAACUUUGAAAGCGCGAAAAUGCAUCUACAGUGUCAAGUAUCCCACUUCUGACUUGAAUAUCCAUAGCUUAGAUUUCGAACAACUGAGGAUGUUCAUUGGUAUAUUGGAUAACAAGAUUGGUGCGUGUGCUGAAAGGAUUAACAUGCUUAAAAAUAGUCAAAAAGUUGAAAGUAACUUCAAUUUUGGACACAAUGUUGAUCGGUACAACUCUCAGAUUCAACCUAUGAUGCCACUUAGUUAUGAUAUGGGUUCUAGUUCCCAAAUGGGUCUCCUCAGUCCAAAUCCUAUGGAAUUGAUGGGGAGUAAUUAUGGACUGGUGAAUUGUGCUAAUCAGUUUGAAGAUUCUGUGUAUAGUGUUAUACAAAACGGUGCUUUAGUAAAUUCAACAAAAGUGAAGGAGCCAGAGCCUAUGGUUCAUUAUGACACAAAUGUGAUGGAGGACACUACUAGCAAGAAAGAUGAAGAAGUCCGUUUGGUUUGUACUGAGAAGACAAUUGAUAAAGUAAAUUCCACAAAUCAAGUUAGUGAGGCUUUGGAUUGGGAAAGUCAAUUUGCUGAGGCUGAGGCAUGGGCUAGUGACUUUAGUGAGUUUGAGAAUUGGAUGAAUCAACAAAGUGAGCAUUCGGAUUGGACAAACCUGAGUGAAUUUGUAUGUUGACGUUGUUUAUUUUGAUGAUGUUAAUUUGGCUAGUGGCUAGUAUGGUGGGAUCUUUUUGGUUUUCUUAUCUUAUUGAUUUUAAUUUCAAAGUUAGGUUCCUUUUUGCGUAUUUUACAAUUAAAAAAAAAUGUCUUCUUUUCUUUG